AUGACUCAGAGUCUGUGUUUGAAGAGGCUUGCGGCUUGGAGAAUCUUGCUUGUCAACCAUAUCUGCAAAAAGGGGCUAACAAGUGGAAACGAGAGUGCAGAGAACUCCACGCCAGGCGGCAUUCCCCUUCUGAGGAAGCUGUGCUAUGCAGUGGGGGGCAUCCCCUACCAGAUCACCAACAUUGCCAUCGGCUUCUGCCUGCAGGUUUUCCUUCUGGACGUGGUCAGGAUGGAGGCUUCUCUUGUGUCCCUGAUUCUGUUCCUGAGCCGGGCCUGGGAUGCCAUCACUGACCCCCUGGUGGGGUACCUGGUCAGCAGGACUCCCCACACACCCAUCGGCAAGCUGCUGCCAUGGAUGGCAAUCUCCACUCCUCUUGGGAUCCUCUCCUAUGUCCUGCUGUGGCUAGUCCCUGGGGAUACAGCAUCUCUGGCCGUCACGCUCCCCUGGUACCUCUUCACCAGCUGUCUGUUUGAGACUUUCAUGAGUUGUUACCACGUCCCGUACACCUCCCUCAACAUGUUCCUGGGUGGACACCAGACUGACAGAGACUCGGCCACUGCCUACAGGAUGUGUUUGGAGAUGCUUGCCAUGUUGUUCAGCUCAGUGGUGCAGGGGCAGGUCAUGAGGGUGUUUUACACCGAGAGAGACCACGUCUGCCUGGACAAGGAAGUCCAGACCCUUCAGAGCUGGGUGUGUUUGGAAAGUGUUUGUGUGUGUGUGUGUGUGUGUGUGUGUGUGUGUGUGUGUGUGUGUGUGUUGGUUCAUCAGAAGAAGGCCUUCAUGAUGUCUGCUAUGGUCCUGGGAGGCAUCUACUUCCUGUGUAGCCUGACUCUCUUCCUGGGAGUGAAAGAGCAGCAUGCUCGUCUCCACGCUGAGGAGAAGACGCAUCAGCCGUAUUUCUCCAGUCUGAAGAUGCUUGUGCAACACGCCCCAUACACACGCCUGGUGCUUGGUUUCCUCUUCUCCUCCCUUGCCUUCCAGAUGUCCCUGGGGAAUUUCGCCUUGUACUGCACACAUGCCUCAGGUCUUGGACCCCAGUUCCAGUAUAUCAUCCUUGUGCUGCUGACCACCGCUGCCAUCUCCGUACCUCUGUGGCAGGUGCUCCUGGUCAGGGUGGGCAAGAAGACGACGCUCUUUAUUGGACUGCCGCUGUUCAUCCCUGCUCUGAUAGUGCUGGUGUCAGUGCCUAGUAAUCUGGCUGUGUACAUGGCCAUUAGCGUGCUCAGUGGGAGCAGCCUGGCCACACUGUUCCUGCUGCCCUGGUCCAUGCUUUCAGAUGUGAUAGAUGACUUCGCCCUGAAGAACCCCACCUGUAGGGAGAUGGAGCCUCUGUUCUUCUCCUGCUACGUGUUCUGCAAUAAGCUGGGCGGAGGUCUGUCCAUAGGCUUCUCCACCAUGGUCCUGCACUUUGCAGGCUACCAGGCGGGCGCGUGUAGCCAUGGCGAUGGGGUGAUAACAGCCCUGCGGGUGUUGUUUGCCGCCGUGCCUAUUGGCCUGUUAGUGCUGGGUCUGGUCUUCUUCUACCUCUACCCCAUCAAUGAGACGCACCAGCGACUGAGCAGGACACCCAACGAUCAGGAACGGGCAACACUUGAAGAAGUCACCUGUUCCACUGAAGUGGACAUUCAGAGCUUGACACAGAGUGUUUCACCAGGAGUGCCGCCUUUCACCUCUAGAGGUCAGAGGUCAAGUUCAAGGUCAGACUGUAGCCACAUGCCUGGUCACAUGACAAAAACACCUUCUCAGAACUCAAGACGAAGUUCCUCUUCUCACCGUGUGUCGAAACAACCCCAAAUGGUAUCUCCCAGCCCAAACCAGAGAAAGACCAGGACAAGGAUUUCACAGCGCCACACCAGCGCUUCUAAACGCGAGUCACUUCAGCAUCCAAUCAGACUGAAUUCAAACUUAAUUUCCCAUGAAUCUCAGUGUGGUGACCUACAGCCAGUUUGGGCAAAGGUGACCUGGGUUUAG